UGUCUUCCAAAAAUUUAGUUUAUCUUUCUUUCUAUUAUUUAUGUUGUCUUUCCAGCUAAGGUCUCUCUCUCCUCUCUCUCUCUCUCUCUCUUCUUUUUGUUCUUUCUCAAUUCUUCUCUGAAAAAGUUUCCAAUGGAGAUGAAUUUCCAGUCUCAGAAAAGGGUAUAAUUGUCAUUUCAAGCUCCAUAGAUAUAAAGUUUGAUACUUUGUUAACAAAGGUGUCUUUUUUAUUGAACACUCUUACUCUUAGGCUCAUUUUAGAGUAACCCUUUUCUUUUCAAGUUGGUUUUCAUAGUUUUUAGUCUUCAAAAUCUAAUCUUUCUUUCUGGGAUUUCAUCUUAUUUAUACCAUAGAUCUUUGUGUAUACAUGGUGUUUGAUAAAAGUCCCCUUUUGAAUUUUUUUUCUUUUAAAUUGAAGUGAUUAUGUUAGGUCAUUACUUAGAUAAAUAUUUGAUGAGGGUUUUGUUUUGUAAGAUUCCAUGUCCUUCUUUCAUUUGCUUUUGUAAACCUUCUUCUCAUAUUUAUUCUUCUGGACAAUUGAAAUUGGAGAAUCCAAAAUGUAAUAAUAAUAAUGUUAAUUUAGUUCUUGAAAAUUGUGAUGAUCAAAUACUUGGUGAGGAGGAGAAUAAGGAGGAAAUCUUAGAUGAGAAAGAAAAAACAGAAUUAGCUAAGAUUUGUAUCAAAAGUAGUCUAAAGAAGCCAAUUUCAGAUUCAGAUUCUUUAAAUGAGAAGCAGCAGAAGAAGAAAGUUCAAUGGAAGGACUUUUUAGGAACUGAACUUGUUGAGAUCAGAGAAUUUGAAACCAGCGAAACAGAAGAUACCGAUAAUGAAGCAGACGACAAUAGAAGCUGCAUCUGUUCCAUUUUAUGACAUUAAACUCUACAAACUCCGAAACCAACCACAGAAAAAGAUGACAAAAAAGGAUGGUUGUCUUGACCUCAUUUUUCAUGUGAAUCUAGAAGACAAAUUUGAUGAUUGAGCUUGUUUCAUAUGAAUCGAGACGAGUCAAAAUCGACGGCCACCAUCUUUCGUGUGGCUAUGAAGGAUUUGAGGGCAGGUCCACAGAGAGACUUUGAAGUUUGUAUUGUUUUUGUUCUUAGAUUGGAAAAAGAAGAAAGAAAAAAGAACCAAACAUUCUUUUAUAGAAUGAUUAUUUUUAAGCAAAUUAUAAUAAUAAUAGUAAUGUGCAUACUACCUUUUCUAAAGUCCUUGAGAACUUGUUUAUCAUACCAUUUCUGUAAGUACAUUGUGCUUGUAAUUAUUUAUAUAUUUAUUUUCGAAA